AUGGACGCUGGGGGACUUAUUACUGGAGAUGCUCAUCAUGAAUGGACAGCCUAUACCUCUCUAUCAGCCACUCCUACCAAAAGCAAAAAGGAGAGAGGCAGCCUAGUGAAAAAUCAUCAGCCAAGACACAACAGGAUAAAAAAACUGAAACUCAACACUCCAUCUGAAUUGCAAAGCUCUGAGGAUAACACCACAAACCCAGUACAGCAGCUCCCCGAAAACGCUGCCAGGGAGAGGAGCAGAGUCCGUACCUUGCGACAGGCGUUUCUGUCCUUGCAGGCUGCACUUCCCUCCGUCCCCCCAGACACCAAACUGUCAAAGCUGGAUGUGCUGGUCUUGGCAACAAGCUACAUUGCCCACCUUACACAUACACUGGACCAAGAUGGGAGGUUAGCGGACAGCUCUCAGAUGCUGCGAGGCCCUGGGUAUCUGCACCCCAUAAAGGUGAUUUACAUGGGAGUUGUUCUAUAUGCACCUGCACUGGCCUUUAAUGCUGUUACUGGAUUUAGCCUUUGGGGGGCAGUGUUAUCUAUGGGGCUGGUCUGCACUCUGUACACUACUCUGGGCGGCCUUAAAGCAGUCAUAUGGACUGAUGUUGUUCAGACGUUGGUCAUGUUUGCUGGGCAGCUUGCAGUCAUCAUUGUUGGCACCAUGAAGGUGGGCGGCAUAGACAGAGUAUGGAGCAUUGCAACUGAGAACAACAAGAUCUCUGGGAUAAAUUUUAACCCAGAUCCGUUUGAACGGCACUCUUUUUGGUCUCUCGGCAUUGGAGGCAUAUUUAUGAUGCUGUCCCUGUACGGUGUGAAUCAGGCACAAGUGCAGCGGUACCUCAGUUCCCGCACAGAGAAGGAAGCCAUAUGGUCAUGCUAUGCAGUAUUCCCCUGCCAGCAGCUGGUGCUUGCCCUGGGCUGUGUCACUGGCCUCGUCAUGUUUGCUUAUUAUCAGGAUAAUCCUUCACUGAACCCGAAUGUAAUGUCCUCUCCAGAUCAGAUGGUCCUGUACUUUGUGAUGGACAUCCUGAAGGAUCUUCCUGGUCUACCUGGUCUGUUUGUUGCCUGCCUUUUUAGUGGGGCUCUCAGCACCAUUUCAUCCGCAUUUAACUCCUUAGCAACAGUAACCAUGGAGGACUUGAUCAAGCCGCACUUCCCAAACCUCACAGAGGCACGUGCUACACUGCUGUCCAAGUGCCUUGCUCUUGCGUAUGGUCUUCUCUGCCUUGGGAUGGCUUACAUUUCUUCGCUGAUGGGUUCAGUCUUACAGUGCACUGAAUUAGAGGAUUAUAACCAUGAAGCAGAUAUCUUAGAAAAGAAAUUUAUUGAAAAAGAUUACGGAAGAGAUAGCAUUAGAGCAGCUAGGAUACAUAACGAGAAGUGUACAAGGGAGGAAUUAUUAUUCCCCAAAAGGGAAAAAGAACCAGAUCAAAAUGACCUGAAUAAGAAAGUGCAGCAGGUCAUACCCCCAUUCCUUUUUCCGUCUUGGCCCAGUGAGGGCGUCUUCCCCCGGAGAGGGUGUAUACUGAGAGUCUCACUUUGCCCAUCUUUGCGGAGGACUGACCAAGAUCUGAUACUACCCAAGGUCAUGUUAGCAGAUUUCACCCUGGCUACAAGCAAAUCGCUGAGCAUGGCUGCUUAA